AUGGAAAUAACUCUUCACCAGCAUGAACAACUCGCGAAGUUCUACAAGCAGAAUCGGGCACCAAAUGUGCUGCAGGAAACGGCCAUGGGCGAAUCGGUUGGAUUGAAUAUUUGUGAAGUCCAUUCUUGGUUUUGCAAAUGCCGAGAUAUGGGUCCUGAAGCAUUAUGGGCGGAGAUUUCUUUGAGGAUGAAAAAAUCGGAGGAACAGAGAAAGAAAAAAGAGCGGGAGGAAGAGAUGAAGAAGGCAAUGACAAAGCUAUCUCUAGCGGAAGCCAAAAUCACCUCCCAAGCUGCCGAAAUCCAGAAACUAGAGUCCUGGAUCACUAACCUCACUACCAUGGCCAAUAUUCAACAGUCAAUUCCUGCUAGACUGCUCAAUGUUGAGAAGGAGUUGAAACGAGUUUCCUCAAAGCUUGAGGAGGCGGAGCUUAAGAAGGAGAAUGAGCGGUUGAAGGAGCAAAAGAAGGAGUUGGAGGCGAUGUUGCAGUCUAAGAAGAAACUUGAGGAGCAGGUGGAGAAUGGAAAGAAAGAGAACGAGGAGCUGAACAAGAUUAUUGCGCGACAAGCAUCGGAGCUCAGGCAAUUCAAGCAUCUCAAGAAUGCAGAGAUCCAAAAUCUUAUCAAGAAUAGCGUCAAGGAUCAAGUCAAUGCUCAGCAGGACCAAGCUGCCAACCUCACUACAAUGGCUAAAAUUCAACAGUCCCUCCCUGCUAGACUGCUCAAUGUGGAAAACGUGUUGGUACGAGUUUGCACAAAGCUUGAGGAGGCGGAGCUAAAGAAGGAUAAUGAGGCGAUGCUCCAGCUUGCACAUUUAAAAAAAGAAAACAAAUCCUUGAAAAAUGCGAAAAAGGAGGCGGAGCGAAGAAUCAAGGAGCUCCUCAGAGAAAACGAGAUUCUCAACUAUGACCUUUUCAGAACAGAGGGUAAAGUGGCAGAUCUCCAAACUGUCAUCCUGAAAUCAAAAGAAGAAGACGAUGCGAAGAUUCAGAAGGUGGAGGAGCUUAUGGCGGUGUUGGAGAAAGAUGUUGAGAAGUUGAAGAUGGUUCAGGAGCAGGAUUUGGCAACUGAUGACGAGGAAUCGGAGGAUGAAGAGGAGGAAUUGGAAGAGGAGAAGAGUGCUAGAAGAUUCAUUGACAUGAGACUCCCUUGCAAUUUGAUCAAUAGUUUGCAAUUGCGUGAAAUUUGA